CUUCACUACCACUACCACCGCGAGAGCAUCGCGUAUCAAAAUCGCCCAGCAUGGUCCGCGUACAGAUCAAGGGCGGCGUGUGGAAGAAUACGGAGGAUGAGAUCCUCAAGGCGGCCAUCUCUAAAUAUGGCAUGAACCAAUGGGCCCGCAUCUCCUCCCUCCUAGUCCGCAAAACCCCCAAGCAAUGCAAAGCGCGCUGGUACGAAUGGCUGGAUCCAGCCAUCAAGAAGACAGAAUGGUCCAAAGAGGAAGACGAGAAGCUCUUGCACCUCGCAAAGCUCAUGCCCACACAAUGGCGAACCAUUGCUCCCAUCGUCGGUCGUACGGCGACGCAGUGUCUCGAAAGGUACCAGCGACUGCUGGAUGAGGCCGAGGAGGCAGAGGGAGGUGCAGAGGCUGGACCAUACAAGCUGGGCCUCACGGGCGUCUCAGGGCCCGAAGCCGGUCCAUCAGCAGAGGACGUGAGGAGGCUCAGGCCAGGAGAGAUCGACCCCGACCCGGAGUCCAAGCCUGCCCGUCCGGAUCCCAUCGACAUGGACGAAGACGAAAAGGAGAUGCUCUCCGAAGCCCGUGCCCGUCUCGCCAAUACGCAAGGAAAGAAGGCCAAGCGCAAGGAUCGUGAGCGCGCACUGGAGGAGGCUCGUCGCUUGGCCAUCCUACAGAAGAGGCGAGAGCUCAAAGCGGCUGGUAUUGUCACUCGCGGGCCCAAGGUCAACAAGAAGGGCACAGUAGACUAUAAUGCCGACAUUCCCUUCGAGAAGCAGCCAGUCAAGGGGUUCUACGAUACCUCCGAAGAAGCUUCGAAGUCGUAUCAAGCUCCAGUGGGGAAGACGCUGGGCAGUAUGGAGCGUAAGCGCCCCACGCCGGAUGAUGCGGAGGCGGAGCGACGGAAGAAGCAGAGUCAGCAGAGCAAGGAAGAAGCGGGGAAGAGGAAGGACGAUCCGUUCGGCGAGAGGGCGGAGCAAAUUAGGAAAAUGAAGGAAGCUGAGCAGAUUAGCAAGAGAAGGAAGUUGACGCUUCCGGCCGCGCAGGUGGGAGAGAAGGAGUUGGAAGAGAUUGUCAAGCUGGGCCAGUCGGGAGAGCGGGCGCGAGAUUUGGUCGCUGGUGAGGAGCAGGAUGGAGAGGCUACAGAGGGGCUGUUGAGCAGCUUCGAUGCGCUCGAGAAGGCCAAGACGGCUCGCACGCCGCGUACUGCGCCGGAGGAUGAUGCGGUGAUGCGUGAAGCGCGCAACUUGCGCAACAUGACUGCAGCGCAGACACCGCUGCUCGGCGACGCCAAUGCGGACAUGGAGGAUGGCCUCGCCCAAGGAGCCACGGGAGCCACGCCCCGCAGCUCAGUCGUACAAACGCCUAACCCACUCCUCACACCGCGCACCCAAGCAGGCCCUAGCGACGAUCGCGUUGAUCCUCGAGGCCGAAGCGUCAGCCAAACGCCCAUGCGCACCCCCUUUCGAGACGGAUUGGGACUCAAUGACUCGAUGAGCGUAGCGGGCACGCCCUUUGACGAACGUCGAGCGCAGAAGGCGGCUAAGCAGGACUUGCUCUCGGCCUUGCGCAACCUACCUCGCCCGAAGAACGACUUCGAGUUGGUGCUCGACGAUGAGGAUGAAGAGGACGAUGAUGAAGAGGACGACGACGACCAACUCAUCUCCAUCAGCGAAGACGCGGCGGACCGCGAUGCGCGCAUGCGCCAGGAGAAGGAGGAGGAACGUCUCAAAGCCCUCGCAAGACGCUCACUGGUGGUGCAGCGUGACCUACCUCGCCCGGCCAAUGUGGAUGCUCAGCAACUCCUUGCAACUCUCAACAAGGGCAAGCAAACCGCCGCCCAACGCCUCGUCCUGCGCGAGAUGGUCGCCCUCAUCAAGCACGACACUCUCGCCCACCCCAUCGCGGGGAGUAGCACGACGGCGGGUACCAAGAGCGAUUUGCCCGUCCUCUCCGACUCUGCCUUGGCUGCAGCACGUGAGGAGGUUAGGGCGGAGAUGGCCAAGACUAUUGGGUUCCCCGGCGCUAAUGAGACCCUGCUGAAGCGAUUGAUCGCGCAGCGACUGGACACUGCAGAGGAUGAGGAUGAAAGCCGCGAGGAGCGCGAGGAGCGCCUCAGUGAGGUGGCCGCAUUCGAUGAGCAGCUCAAGAAGCGAAACGACUCGUCGGCUUGGUCUGCCUCGUCGCACUCUUGGGUGCCCCGCUCCAGCCUCUCAAUGCAGCAGUGGCGUCAGGGUCAGGCCGAGCUGCUCAAUCUCGCUCGCGAGCAGAUGACGGAGCUGGCCAGCAAGGCAGCAAAGGAGGAGCGUAAGCUUGGCAAGGUGCUUGGAGGCUAUCAGGCGCGCUCGCGCACUCUUGGAGACGAGCUCAAGGGGCACGCCCAUCGUCUUGCCGAGGGAGAGGUGGAACACGCUGCCUUCGAGCGUCUUGCCCUCGGGGAGGGUGUGGCGGUGGGUGAGCGUGUGGGCAAGUUGGAGAAGGAGGUGCAAGCACUGGAGAGACGUGAGGCUGUUGGACAGGGGAGGUACAAGGAGUUGGACGAUGAGCGUAGAGCGUUGAGGGAGAGGGUCGAGGAGCUGCGAGCAGAGAGGGAUAUGAGAGAGGCGGAGAGGUUGAAUGAGGCGGCGCUUGCUGCUGAGGAUUAAGUUGAGCUUGACAAAAGGGUAUCAAUAUUGCACACGCAUAUCUACAAUGACACGACACGACGACUUGCGCCAUCAAAAAUCCAUUGUCCUCUUCUGCUUCCACU